GACAAAUAUUGUCUCCUCUGGACACUGAUCAUAUUUUCCCCCAAAGCAAACACCGAAGAACCCUAGUCCCUAGGUCGCGCGUCAAAAUGGAAAUAGCAAUCGAAGACGAAGAAGACGAACAGCAACAACAACCGAAAAGAAUCAAGGCGUCGCACUCUACCGAAACGUCUGAAGACCCUCUGUGGAUUCCUACCCUUCUGCCUGAGAUCAUUAUCGAAAUCCUCUCGAGACUUCCCGUUGAAUCACUCUUGCGAUGUAAGUCCGUUUGCAAAUUAUGGUGCUCUAUGAUAUCGGAUUCUCAUUUCGUCAAAUCUCAUCUCGCUUUGUCAACUAGCAACAAUCGUUACACACAUCAUCGAUUGAUUUUACAUACUUCACCAAGAAUAAAUCUCAAGAGCAGUCCUCUCUAUGAUGUGCUGUAUGCUGAAUCCGUUAAUCUCCUAGAGCAUGAUUAUCCUUUGAAACAUCCUUACAAAUCAAUUUGGAUCGCCGGUUCUUGCAAUGGAUUAUUAUUCAUAGCUGUUGAGGACGAUGAUUUGUUUCUUUGGAACCCUGGUACUCGAAAAUCGAACAGAUUACCAGAUGUUGGUUUCAAUGUGCGAUCGGGUAGCUACGUGUUAUAUGGUUUUGGGUAUGACGAGUCAAAGGAUGAUUACAAAGUUGUUGGAAUAUCUUGUGUUUUCAGAAGUGGAGGCAAUUAUAAUAUAAGGGUGAAAAUCUACUCAAUGAAAUUAGGAAAUUGGAAGAACAUCGGUGCUUUUCCUCAUGGUAUCCCGUUGGAUGAUUCUGGAAAGCUUUCAAAUGGAGCUCUUCAUUGGGCCGCUAGUCAAGAUUUUGGAUCAUUUUAUUCUUGGAGGAUAAUUUCUCUUGAUUUAGCGAAGGAGACAUAUGGAGAAAUUUUGCAACCUGUGUAUGAUGAAGGUAACAAAGAUUUGACAUUGGGGGCUUUGGGAGAAUCUUUGUGUGUGCUUUGUGAUUAUAGUAAAAUUCGUGCAGAUGUAUGGGUGAUGAAGGUUUAUGGGGUGAAAGAUUCUUGGACUAAAUUGGUUUCAAUCCCAUAUCUCACUGAUCCUGGGAGGGAUCAAUUUUCAGUGCCUUUGUGUAUUUCAAACGAUGGGAAAGUUUUGUUGCAAUUUGGGGCAAAAUUGGUUUUGUAUGAUUCCAAGAAUCUCUCAUUCUCAGAGAUUCACAACAUUGAUGAAUGUCAUGAAGCUUAUACCUUUGUUGAGAGCCUGGUUUCACCUGAAGCACCCAUUAGGUCUUGGAGAUAACAAUCAGGGUGGAAAUCUUAUCAAGGAAUCUGUAGUGACUCUUCAGGAGCUUGUGGAUUCUUUAGUAUCUAUGUUUUCCAGGUUCAUGUGAGAAUUGUUUUACCUGUUUUGGAUGUGUGUUUGGUUGUUUCGAAUAAACAUGUUAUGCAGAUUAUGUUGUUAUAUCUAUCUAUUGUAAUUAUGGUUAAACUUGUUGGUUUAA